CCUCCCCCACCCACCUCCACCGCUGUCACCCACGAGCUCUCCUCUCUUCUUGACGAAGGGCGGUGGUUUGGUUACUGGAGCCAGCUUGGUGGGUUCGGUUGCCACCAAAGCGCCCCCGCGAAAUCUCGCCGCCGACCGCCAUGGCAGCCGCCGACGCGACGCGUACGCUGCUCGUUGCGCUAUCUCUCGCCGUAGUCGCCUGCUGCUUCCCGCAGCUGGCGGCGGCGGACACGAACGGCGUCUACGAGCCGUGCAGCGACGCACGGAUCCAGCGCGGGGAUGGCUUCACCUUCGGGGUGGUCUUCGCGGGAUACAACACCUUCUUCUCCGGCAACACACAGCUCUCCCCCUGCGACCGCCGCCUCAACCUCGCUGCCUCCGGGCAGCUCGCCCUCUUCCGCCCCAAGGUCGACGAGAUCUCCCUGCUCACCAUCAACACCACCACCGGAUUCAACCCAGCUUCAGCUGGUGGAUUCAUGGUAGCAUUUGCUGGUAGGAAGUAUGCAGCUAGAUCUGUUCCGAUAUUUGUAUCCAACACCUCAGUUACAGUGUCCAGCUUCACCCUGGUACUUGAGUUCAAUAAAGGCAGGCUUCAAAACUUGCACUGGAAGAAGGAUGGCUGUGGAGCUUGCUCCGGCAAGUCAAACUUUGUCUGCCUUGGCAAACAAACAUGCGCCAUCAGGACGCAGAGCUGCAAGACCCAAGGGCCUGUCGACUGCAGCAUCGGCAUCCAGCUGGCUUUCUCUGGUACGGACAAGCACGAGUCAGUUCUGAACUCAUGGUACGAAGUCUCCAACCUCAGGCAAUACUCCCUGUAUGGGCUCUACUCAAACCUCAAGGACACCCUGAGUGGCCAGUUCAACAAGAUCUUCUAGGCUGUUUUGGCGCUGCCAAUUGUCUAUUCUCUCCUCCUUCCGCCUCUUUCUGUCGACCGCUCUGAAUCCUGAUGUUGUGCUUAACAUUAUUUUGGUUUGCCGCCCAGGUUGCUUGUAUGCAGAUCAGUUUUAACCCUGUCUAAGCUCUACCGUAUGUACCGUUGCCCGUUGGUGUCAUUUUAGUGCCCUUUUUUUUUUAUCACCACUUGCGCUUUAA